UGUAUCAAAGCGUUUACGUUAAACCGUUUUAAAGUGACCGUUACCGGAUCGUUAGCGUGAGUCGGACCGGAUAGAGACCGGGUCUUCAAGCUAACGUUAGCGGCUAUCAGACGUGGAGAGUGUUAGCAUAUUAGCUGUUAGCAUGUUAGCGGCGGAGGACAGCGAUUAGAGAGACCCCUGAUACCGGACUGUAGACACCGGCACUGCACCUCAAAAGGUCAGAGGUCAUGGUUCUGCACAAUGAACCCGGUCCGCAAACGUCUGAGGCUCAGCCCGUCCACACCACAACCUGCUGCCCCCUCCUCCACCUGGAGCCUUCGGCUGCCUCCAUCCAGUUCUCAGCUCCUUUCCCAUGAUGCAUUGCUACUGCCCCCACCCCCAAUUCCUGCAGGAGGUGGAGCUGAGGAGGAGGAGGAAGGUUACCUGCUGGUGGAGGAAGAUACCACCGACUCCAGCCUGAUCAUCACCAUGGAGGACAGUCAGGUGGAGGUGAAGGCAGCGAGGAGGAGAGCAGUGAGGAAAAGGAGAGGAAAACUGACUGAGGAGGAAGAGGAGCAGAGGGGCGGAGCCUCAGAGAGUGACGAAGAUGAGGAAGAAGAGGAGGAAGCGGCAGCUGAGGUGGAGAUUGACAGACAGCUGGACCAAUCACUAGAGACCAAGUCCAAACAACACAACCUGACCACAGUGAAUGUCAGAAACAUCAUCCACGAAGUGAUUACUAACGAACAUGUGGUGGCCAUGAUGAAAGCUGCCAUCAACGAGACCGAGGCCGUCCCUCCAUUUGAGCCGAAAAUGACUCGAUCCAAGUUUAAAGAAGUUGUGGAGAAAGGAGUGGUGAUUCCAGCCUGGAACAUCUCUCCCAUCAAGAAAACCAGUGAUGUUAACAAGGCUCCUCAGUUUGUGGACAUCCCUCUGGCUGAAGAAGACUCCUCUGAUGAAGAGUAUCGUCCUGAUGAGGAAGAGGAGGAUGAGACAGCUGAAGAUACAUUUCAGGAGAGCGACAUGGAGAGCACAGCUUCGUCUCCCAGAGGGAGUCGACUGGUCAGAGUGGAGGAGGACAGCUGCAGCCCCUGGCAGAUUUCUCGGAGCCGAUCCAGGAAUUUGAGGCCGGUGUCUGUCUCAAUGGGACCCCCCCCACCUCCCAAAGCUCUGCCUCCCAAAGCAGUGACUGACAGCACCUUUCUGGAGAAACUUCAUGCUGUGGAGGAGGAGCUGGCGGUGUGUAUGGAGCCCUUCCAGCCUCUGUCGGAGUCGGGGGAGGAGGUGGGUCUGAUGGCGUACCGGACUCGGUCCAAGCGUCCUCUACGUGACGUCCCGCUGGGCCGGCUGGAGGCGGAGCUCCGAGCUCCUGACAUCACACCUGAUAUGUAUGAUUCCAGCUCUACCCACGAGGACAGGGAAUGGACUGAUUGGCUGAGAGGCCUAAUGACCUCCGAAAUGGACAACGAAGAGGAGUGUGAUGAUGAAGAUGAUCCAGAGUAUAACUUCCUGGCCGACACUGAUGAACCUGACCUUGAGGAUUACCGUGACGACAAGGCUGUCCGCAUCACCAAGAAGGAGGUGAACGAGCUGAUGGAGGAGCUGUUUGAGACGUUGAAAGAAGACCUUGCAGGACAGGAAGUGGAUGAUGAAGGCCAUGAGGAAGAGGAGGAGCCACAGGAAGAAACACACACUGUUCAGACACACGCUCCUCCAGAGCAGCACAGCCCAGAGCUGGGUGAUGAUGACUCGGAGGGACCAAUCACAGAGCUACGUACAGUGAAGCAGCAGCUGGCUCUGAUCAGGAGGAGACAGCAGACACACACAAUGUGUAACACACACUCACUGUAUGCUGAGCCAUACACACUGAAGCUGGACAGACAGCAGAAGAUCAGACUGCAGCAGCAGCUACAACAGCAUGUCCAGCUGCUGACUCAGAUUCACCUGCUGACUUCACCUGUGGCCAAACUGCAGAGUGAGGCUGAGACGACCAGACAGUUCCUGUUCGAGCUGGAUGUGCUGGCUCAGCGAUCAGAGUUGCUCAUGUCUUCAGCUCGUCCUGGUUUCUGCAGCGUCUUCAGAUCCUCCAACCUGCAGGGGGCGCUGCAGCUGCUGGAGGAGCUGCGACACACUCCCAUCAGCUACCAACCACAACACCACCCACCUGAUGCCAGAGGACACAUGCGGUGUUACCCUGUGAUGCCGGCUGAACUGGCCUGGCUCUUUGCCACUCGUCCAGUCUUCCUCUACCCAGAGCUGCUGCCCUGUGCCAGCCUGGACCCGGCUCUGUACUGCCCCCGCAGGUCGGCUGCUUUCACUGCAGCUGAGGACUGCCUCCUGGUUCUGGGUCUCAGGAACAUGGAGGGGUCAUGUGACCCGACUAAGCUGGUGUCUCAGUUCCUGCUGAGGAAGACUCUGGUCCAGGUCCGACGAAGAAUCCUGCAGUGCUGCAGACCUGGUUUCCCUGACAACGUUGUCAAGGUGUUCAGGUAUCAGCGGGUGCUAUGGCCGAUGCCGGUGGCCUGUCGUCCUGUUCAUCCAGCAGAGCGACGCCCCCCGGUGGAGAGAGAGGAGAGCAUCAUGCCUCUGUGGCUGGUGAGGAGUCUUCCUGUCAUCCACCCGACCAUUAAACACUAUAACACUCCACUUGGCUCCGCUCCGAAGACCCCACCCCCGUGCAGGGGGGUUCGAACCCGUCAGAGUCACCUGACCUUCCUCCGCUCCGCCUCCGACACCUACAGCUUCCCCCCCGGGACACGAUAUCCCCCCUGCCUCCCUGAAAACCUUGACUUCAGGCGCAUUGGCUUUGUCCUGCUGCAGAAGCCCCUCCCCCCUCCUCCUGCUUACUCCUCCCCCCUACCUGACGGACAGGUGGACCUCUCCUCCUCCCGCUCACCUCCUUCUCCUCACAAACCCUGCUGCCCCCGAGCUCUCAGUCCUCCACGAGUCCUCCUCCACCGACUCCUCCUGACCAGGACUGACACCCCCACCGACAUUAUCACCUCCUCCACUGUCUCCAUGAAAACCACAGAGCAAAUCAGAUGCCACUAUCAGACCCUUGCUGGCCUGAGGAAGAUGAGGAAGAAGAGGUCAUCUUCUUCACCUCCUGAAAAAGAGAAACGCACCUCGAAUGGAGGCGGAGUGAGGAGUGAUGAAGAGGCACUGACUCCUCCUCCUGAAGGCCCUGGCUCCUCUAAGGUGGAAGUGGACAAUGAUGUCAUCAGGAUUAAUGAGGAGGAGAGAAAGGAAGAGGAGGAGGAGGAAGAGGAGAGCGAGGUCCUCCUGGCCCUGUCGGAAUCAUCGUCCAGCUCUGCAGGAAGUGUCGCCCAUGAUGACGACCUGGCUGACCAUGUAGAGGCGGAGUCAGAGAGUGACCAGGAAGUGACACUGGCGCCAUUGAGAGCAGCAGCCGAAGAAGAAGGUGAUGAUGAUGAUGAUGAUGAUGGAGAGACGUCUUCAGAUGAAUCCAGAGUGUCAGUCCUCGAACCUCAGGAGAAGCUGGCAUCAGAAGGAAGUGAGGAAGAAGAGGAGGAUGAAGAUCAGAGGGAGGUGGAGGACGUGGUGUUUGCUCAGGACUAUCUCCACAGAAUGUGUGAAGUGGUGCAGGCGUCUCCGGGCCUCUCUGAGCAGCUGCUGCAGGUGUUGGAUCAAUUUUCAUCAACGGGGCCCCUUGGGACUUCUGGGGCCCCAGAGCUUCUGUAUGACAGACUGAGCUGUGUGCUGCAGCCCUGGCCUCAGCUGCUCAGAGACUUUGCUGCCUUCCUGAACCGAGGACAGGCCCGUCGCUGUGGACUGUUGUUGGAGCAACAGAUGUUUGAACGCAGCCGACGGUUCCUACGGCAACUGGGGCGAAGCCUGGGAGAAAGCUCAUCCCUCUACCAACAGGUGGUGUCAGUACUGCAGGGAAGCCCCACCCCCCCACGUGAGGACAUGGAAAAGAUCGUGUCUCUCCUCAAACAGCAUCCUGACCUGCAGGAGUGUUUCCAGCAGCUUCAUGCCCACUCAUGGCCCACAGGAACCAGUCCAGAGACCACAAAGGCGGACUUAGUUUUCCAGAACUGUGACAGAAACAAGAAGGGAGUCAACAAUCAGAUGUCUGGAGAGAGUGAGACAGGAAGUGACAGAGAGGAAGAGAAACAACCAGUUUGUGCUAAAAACAUCUCGAUGAGCUCCACCGGAGAAAAGGUCGUCGUUUGGACCCGGGAGGCAGACCGUGCCAUCCUGACUGCCUGUCAGCAGAGAGGAGCCAACAGGAAAACAUUCAGACAGGUGUCCGCCCACCUGGGAAACAAAACCACCCAACAGGUGAGUCUUCGUUUCCAUGACCUGAUGAAUCUUUUCCAGUCUGCAUCCCAAAAGUCCACUUCCUGUUCCUCUGAGGGCCAGCCAAUCAACAGACAGGAGGCAGCCCCUGACUAAUCGCUGGACCUGUCACAGACGAGUCUGCAACCAACCACAGAGUUGACUUCGGAGUUAAGAGUCUAAUCCAGAUCUGCUGCUUUGGGACACAAUUCAUUAAAGUCUCCUGAAGUUCAGCAGAAAAGACCCCAGAACUGGUUUAAACUCUUCAGUCAAGUCACCAUCCUCGAAUCAGAUCUGUUGAUUUUAGCAUUCAUCAGAAUUAUUCUAAAACACAAAGGAACCUGACUGAUUCUAAUUCUGAGUGGUUGAUGGUUCCACACUGACUGUUUGUAGAACAUGCUCUUCAGGGGGUUCCAGAGUUUGAAGCAAAUUCUUUUCAGUUCAAAGAUUCUUUAACUGAUAUUUCAAAAUAACUGAAAGGUUUAAUACAGUUCUCAAGAUGUGACUCUAGAGAUGUGUUCUGGCUUCAAAAAUCUCACUCUAGAACAGAUUUGUUUCAGAGUCGGAACAAUUCCAGAGUGGUGGGGACAAAUUUUAGAUUACAUUAAUCACUUUGAAUUCUUCAGGAUGUUCUACAGUUUUCAUUUUAGAGCUUGUUCGGAAUGAUCCUAGAGUUCUUCAUACAGCGGCAAUGUUUACAUCAGCUGUUCUACACUUCACUGAGUGCUGCUAGAACAUAUUAGUCUUUCUAAAGUUCUUCAGAGGGUUCAGGAGUUUUCACAAACUUGAUUGAUUUCAGUUUGAGGAAUGUGACCCUUGAACUCUAGGUGUCUAGAACCAGAAUUGUCUGUGUUCAGAUUUGUUCUCCUGAAGUCACUCAGAACGUCUCUGAUCCAGUUAACCCAGGACUGGGUGUUCUGAUUGUUUCACACUUCCUGAAGGUUUCAGUUGUGGAAUUUAUCCAGAACGUUUCUUCUGCAGUUUGUUUCUCUGUCUGUUGGAGCAUUGAAGGAACGUCAUUACAGAACACACUCUGUAUGAAAAUGAAUCAGAGUCCAUAGUUCAGUUCAGGCUGCUCACAAAUGUUUUAUUUAUAUUUAUUAUUUAUUUUUAAUUUAUCUGCUCUGACUUCAUCAAGACUUUGCCUUUUGUGGGUGUGUCAGGUAGGAGAGUCUCAGUGACUCAGUGAGGUCAAACGUCUCCAAAACAAGGAGGAAACACUACAGUGAAGAUUUGCAGCGUGAACCAGUCACAUGACACAGGUGUGAAUGAGGUUCAGCGUGUUCUGGUCACAACUCAGACUCAGUAUAUAUGAAGCCCUGUCCACACUCUGUCUUACAGACUUUUUUUCUAAGUCUUCCUAAAAUGCUUCAAGCACUGAAAAGUAACCCUGCAGCUUCUGAAUCUUUUUUUAAUAUAUAUUUUUGAGUCUUCCCAAGAUGCAUCAGGGUUAACCUACCUGAUCACUCCCAUGAUUCCAAGCGGCCUUACAUAUGUUAGUGAAGGAUGUCCCGAUGUUCUGUGAAGGUUUUGUCAAAAAUGUUUGUGUAUUCAUAUUGAAUACAACUGAAUGAAGGUCACACUGUUUUUCAAUAAAAACAUUUUUUAUGUUUUUCAAA